GGUACCGGUACCUGCCCACCCCUACCAGUGUACAGCAAGAGCAAGAGGAAGUUGCGCGCGCAUCCAUGCAGCCUCUCCUUUGCCUCAACAUUGCAACCCGCGGGGGCACAGCCGACGUCAUCUUUAAUCAGAAAAAUAUGCGGGUUCUUCGGAGCAGCAAGCCACACUCCUUCAAUUCCUCAAAUUCCCGCGAAUCAAGUGUCAACAAACAGCGUCCGUUCAAAAUGCCGCUUCCCGACCUGAAAAAUAUGCGGGUUCUUCGGAGCAGCAAGCCACGCUGCUUCAGUUCCUCAAACUCCCUCAAAUCAAGUGUCAACAAACAGCGUCGGUUCAAAAUGACGCUUCCAGACCUGAAAAAUAUGCGGGUUCUUCGGAGCAGCAAGCCCCUCCUAUCGCCACGCUCCUUCAAUUCUUCAAACUCACGCAAAUCAAGUGUCAACAAACAGCGUCCAUUCAAAAUGCAGCUGCCCAACCUGAAAAAUAUGCGGGUUCUUCGGAGCAGCAAGCCCCUCCUAUCGCCACGCUCCUUCAAUUCCUCAAACUCCCGCGAAUCAAGUGCCAACAAACAGCGUCCGUUCAAAAUGCAGCUUCCCGACCUGUUUCAGACAGAGGCACUACACCGUGAUAUCCUCAACAGGAAUAAAACAGCAUUCAACCAGGUUAUUGAGCGGUACAUUUCCCUGGCACACGGACUUCCUCCUCCACUAGAUGAAUGUCCCUACCAGUCUCCACACAACAUCAAAAACAAACCAAGUUCAACUCACUUAGACCCCAGAAGAACCUUUCCAGGACAGGUGCAACCAUAAAAACCAGCACUGUCUCCCCAGCGAUCUCAUUGAGGCAAGAUUCAUGUUGUGAUGAGGAUGAUCUUGUUAGAGAAGUAGAGGAAUCACUGCAGAGGAGGAAACAACAGCUUGGGUUAAGUGAUGACUUUAUAUGUGAGGAGAUAGAGGAUAAUGAGGUUGAUGAGGAUGACCCCACAUGGGAUGGCUCUCAUUACCAUGCCAGGGUGAAUUUACCCAGCAGAUUGCAUAAAAAGAGAAAGCUUUCUGAUAAUCUUAUUACAAACACAGUGGGGUUAUCUGACGAAAACAAGUCUCGAAAGAAAGCAAAAGCACCUGUGGAUGAAGUAAGCCUUUCCCAAAACAAAACUGCUGAUUUGAGGCAGCUUUCUGUGCAGGACAGGCUUUCAGAUGUGAGCAACUUACCAAGAAGAAGAGGUAGACCUUCCAAAAGAAAGUCAGUGCUGGAGGUGAAUGAUGAGGGUAAUAUAUCAAAGAAAAGAUGUAGAUCGCCCAAACAAAAGUCAGUGCAGAAGGUGAGCGAUGAGGGUGAUACAUCAAGGAAGAGAGGUAGACAGCCCAAAGCAAAAGUGACGGCAGAGAGUCAAGAAAAUCUGAAUCAAAACAACCCAAGGAAUGAACCCAAACGGAGAGGCAGACCAUCCAAGAAGAAUAAAGCAUUGAGUCUUAACCCCACCAAGGACAAAACUUCAAACAUAAGGUCAGGUGAUGAAAACAAAGAACCGAAACGGAGAGGCAGACCAUCCAAGAAGAAUAAAACAUUGAGUGUGAACCCCACCAAGGACAAAACUUCAAACACAAGGUCAGGUGAUGAAAACAAAGAACCGAAACGGAGAGGCAGGCCAUCCAAGAAGAAUAAAGCAUUGAGUCUUAACCCCACCAAGGACAAAACUUCAAACACAAGGUCAGGUGAUGAAAACAAAGAACCGAAACGAAGAGGCAGGCCAUCCAAGAAGAAUAAAGCAUUGAGUCUUAACCCCACCAAGGACAAAACUUCAAACACAA